AUGGCAGAUAUUGGAUUCGUGGGGCUGGGCAUCAUGGGCAGGCCUAUGGUGCGAAACUUGAUGGCAGCCGGCAACACCGUAACCGUGUACGACAUCGUCGGGACGGCCAUAGAGGAGAUGGCGACCGAGGGCGCAAUUCCCGCAUCGUCUUCCAGCGAAGUCGCCUCGAAGAACCCCCUGAUAAUCACUAUGGUACCCGACUCAGCAGAUGCUGAAGCGGCCAUCCUCGGCGCAAAUGGCGUACUGGAAGGCGCUUCGUCCGGCUCGAUCGUCAUCGACAUGAGCUCGAUAGCUCCCGCAUCAUCGCAGAAGAUUGCGGCGGGCUGCGAGGGUCAAGGCGUGGACUUCCUCGACGCACCCGUCAGCGGCGGCGAGCCUGGCGCAAUCGCCGGAACGCUCGCCAUCAUGGUAGGCGGCAAGAAGGAUGUCUUUGAUAAGUAUGUGGAUGUGUUCGCGCCGAUGGGCAACUCCACAUACUGCGGCGAUUACGGUGCAGGCAACACCACAAAGCUCGCCAACCAGAUUAUCGUCGCCAUCAACAUCGCCGCCGUAGGCGAAGCGCUCGUCCUCGCAAAGAAGGCCGGACUCGAUCCCAACGUAGUCUUCGAUGCCAUCAAGGGCGGCCUCGCUGGCAGCACCGUGCUCAAUGCCAAAGCUCCGAUGAUGAUCGAGGGCAACUUCAACCCCGGCUUCCGAGUUCGCCUGCACCAGAAAGACCUGAACAACGCCUUGCAGACAGCGCACGAACUCAGCGUUCCUCUGCCCUUCACCGCCUUGGCGCAGCAGAUUAUUGGCUCGCUCAUGAACGAGGGCAAGGGCGACGCCGACCACUCUGCCAUCGCCAACUUCAUAGAGGACAUGGCUGGAACGAAAAUAAGCGGCUAG